UCCGCAGCACCGCCACUCCACUGGGCCUCUCCUUCCACCUUGGGAUCUUCCCAGAUCCCUCCCGAUCCACCCACCUACCUCCCUUGGUUUUCCGCGCCGCCCAAAUCCCAGCAACCACCCACCUCCUCCUCUCGAUCCAUCCUCUUGCCCAACUUCAGAUCAGGAGGCUCCAUCUCGAGCUCCUCUGCUUCUCCCCAAGCGCCCGAGACCUACCUCUUCUCCCCUCGAUCCUGAAGGGAUCAUGUAGCUGCUCGAGGCCCAGAGCAGGAGCGCUCGGCCUCGUCCCCUCGCGCCGUCGUCGCCGGCAACCAGCUCCUCCAAGCUGCCCCCAUCUCUGCACCCGCCCUGAGCGCCUCCCGCUUACCCGAGCACACGCGGGACUCCUCGCUCCUGUCGUCAACCAUGCGCCCGUCGUCCCCGAGCCAGGAGCCCCUUGUUCGAGCGCCAACUACCUCCUCCCGCUUGUCACCUCGCCGGAGAUCCUUCCUCGACGCCGAGAUCGCCAAGCCCCGCCACCAGGGACCUCCUAUGUGCCCCGUCGACAGUGCCAGCGCAGCAACGCCUCAUCCACUCACCGUCUUCUCCGCCCGAGGGCCUCCCCUGUCCGACGCCAGGGACGCCGUGUCCCCAAGCAGCAACAUCAGUCCCGAGCCCCGCUGCAUCCCCUCGACCGAACCUCACCGGCGACCCGCAGGAGCCCUGCCAGGGAUCUCCAAGUCUGUGGCCGCCGGUUUGCCUCCGCCCCACGCCCGCAGAACCUCACCACCGGUCAGACCGGCCCCACCUCGUCGGAUCCACGCUCGUCGGCCUCCACCGCAAGUUUUAGGCCGCUGCUGCUCUGCUUUCUGUCGGGCAGAGGAACGCACCCUGCUUUCCCUGCCUUGCUUGAUCUCCUAGAGGAGAGGACGAGCGCGUUGACCGCGCCAGCCCGUCUACCCGCUGCACCAACUGGGCCGAAGCCCAUGGUGAGCCUCUUGAGAGCCCCUCUGCCCUGUGCACUAUUGGUCUAGUACAAGUUUCAGCCCGUGGACAUUUUUAUCGGUUCUGGACGAUUUGCUAAUUAUCCAGAGUUUUAUAGUUUACAAAAAACCCUCCAUGUUCAUGCAUAUCAUAUCUCACCAAUCGUGUGUCGGAUUAAAAUGAUUUAAAUAUGUAAAAUGCUUAAAACUUAAUCUAGUUUCAU